AGGAAAACGAAACUUAAAGCUGAGGACGUCUGUCACCGUGUUUCCACUUUGUGGGUUUCCCCCUUUUUGCAAUCGUUAAGCAACUUGUCCGUCUUUUUAUAAGCGAGCGACAAACCAGGAGUUUUCACUGCGGGAAUAACCUCGACCAGGAAGACUCUGCACGCUGGAAAAUCUUUUUGCUCAAAGUAAACUAACAGCCACAGUUUAGCUGUUGCUAUCAUCCAUAGUCUGUGCUUACUUUACCUGUUUACUCCAACACUCCUGUCACGCUCUCGCUUAAAGUCAUCCGAUCAUUGGGAAAAAGUCGUUCCCACUUUUGUUUCAGCUGUUCAGGUGCUCUCAGUGUGCAUUCGGCCUGACCUGACUUUACAUCAGGCCCUGCUGUUUGUGCUAGAGGACGUACGCUCAUACAGAAGCUGCACAGCCAGCUGCAACGGCCCCCUUCACACUCAACCCCUGCGCUAUGAGCAGAGGUAGAGGAGGGCCUUCCAGAGAACACUAUCACAGGCAUCCACCACCGGACCUCCAGUCCAAGGAGAAUUACCACAGAUCUGGUCCGUCCCCACACUUCCCAAGACCUGGCCCACAGCAGGCCCCAUAUUCGAAUUACUACCACAGCCCUGGCCACCCCGUAGUGCCCAUACAGCCCCCAGCACCUGCUCUUAUUCCCUCCGCUCCACCCAUUCCAAACUACAAUAAAGUCGCCCAUAACAGCUCGCAUCAGAACCACGGUCCCAUUCCUGCUCCCAAUUCUUUUCAUUACCAACAGAUUGACUUCCUGAGAGGACAGCGCUUUCAGGCGCCACAAUUCAGAGCAAAUCCACGUGGAGGGGGAGGAGGAGUGGGACCUUCCUCAUACCAGCCCCAGUCAGGCUAUAGUAGAUAUCCAAACCCCAACAGCAGCCCCAGGGACAGAGGGGGGUACAAUCAGGACUACAGUUUUGGAUACUCACCCAGUAUAAGACCCCCACGAGGGACCCCAGGAGGCCCUCGACACCUGAAUCAAAACCAAUUACAAGCUCAAAGCCACAACCAAUACCCCAGCAGACAAUGUUGCGGCGAAACAGACUCUCUGUCUGAGAAUUUUCAGAGUUUGUCCCUUUAUCGAGACCGGCCCAACAGGGCAGGAGAAAGGUUUGACAGACAUUCUGCAUCCAGUAGCUUGGCAAAUUCGAGCUUUAAUAUCACUCUUACUCCUGACGUCCAGGAUCAUAUUUACAGGGCUUUGGCUUUUUUGAAGCCCAAUGAGGCUAUCUCUGCAAAAUUGUUAGCUAAAAAGCUGCGUCUGCCCAAAAAGAUUGUCAACAAGGCUCUGUAUUCUUUGGAGCGCUCGCAGAAAGCCUCCAAACAAGGAAUUCAUCCUCCUGAGUGGGCUCUUUACAGAGAGGAAGAAGUACAAAGUCCACCUUCCUAUCUGUGUGUCAGUGCUGAACACCCUCCUGAAGCCAAGGUUGAGCUAAAAACAGAAACAACAGAAAACUUGGGACAAAUCAUAGAAGAGGACUCUGACACAGAAUCCAGCUCUUCUAACUGCUCCUCUUUAGAGUCAUCUGACUCUGAAGAAUCCCAGUCACCAGGAAAAGGUCAGCAUCAGGAGCAGCAACAUCCCGGCACUAGCGGCUCCCCUGAUCAGGAACUUAAGCUCCCCACAAUGGCAGAUCAGAAGGAGCUAGUUCUGCGGUACCUCCUGCAUUCACAGGAGGCGACUGCUCUCGUCAUAGCGAAAAAUCUGGGUCUUAGGACUACCAAGCAGGUCAAUCCCACCCUCUAUGCCCUGGAGAAGCAAGGUGAAAUCAUUAAAAACGGAGAAGUCAACCCUCCCACCUGGGAGCUCUCCACCCGGCGCAGAGAGAGGAUGGAGAGGAGCAUUAAAGCUGCACAGAGCACCCCAGCCGAGGGGGUUCAGAUGGAGGUAGGACCCAGCAGAGAUGAGAAAGGAGGAGGAUCUGUCUUUCUGCCAUCACCGCCACUACCACCAAUAGCAGGCCUCGAGCCACAGCCACUUCCGGAGGGUUGGAUGCCAGAGCAAAGUCAUAGUGAAGCGUCCGAGACCUCCCUUCAGCCUCCCUCCUCUACCUCAAUCAAAGAAGAAGAGACCAAUGAAGGACAGUGGGCCACUGACGACAUCCCAGAAUUCCUCAACGCCAUUCGCAGAGAGACAGAUGCUGGUAAACUGGCAGCAGAGAAGGCCAACGCUGUGGGAACAGUGGCUGUGUCGUUGGCCGCUCCACCUCCCCAGAACCUAUGGGCCAAACUACAGGAGGUGAGGAUGAAGAACCCCGUCAGCGGCCUCAUGGAGUAUGCCCAGUAUCUGGGCCAGAACUGUGAAUUCCUGCUCCUCGACCAGUCAGGACCCUCUCAUGACCCAAGAUUCCGUAUGCAAGUGAUGCUCAACGGGAAGCUGUUUCCUGUCGCAGAAGCUUCCAGUAAGAAGGUUGCAAAAAAAGACGCUGCUGCGGCCACCCUGCGCAUUCUCAUGGGAGAGAUGCAGGGAGGGGCGAGCACAGGGGACGAGGGAAAUACUGCCAGUACGGAUCAAGAUAUGGAUCUACUCCAAGACACCAGUGGGUCAACUGAAAGCAAAGGGGGAAGUUGUGGGACUGGUAGUGUGGAAGGGAUAGGGAUGUCGGAGGGACCUCGCCAGCCACUGUCGCGCUCUCUGCCUGGUGGGAAGAAUCCGGUGUCUGUCCUGAUGGAGUACAGCCAGCGCAGCGGGAACCCCAUCGAGUUCAUCAUCACUGGCCAGGCAGGUCCACCACAUGACCCAAGGUUCAUGUACAGGGUGAAGGUUGGCGAGAGCUUGUUUUCAGAGGCCUCGGCUCCAAGCAAAAAGGCAGCACGCCAGCUGGCUGCAGAGGAGGCGGUCAAAGAAUUAAUGGCUGGUGGAAGAUUGCAGCUCAACAAGCCUCAGUUGCCCCUGGGCUCUUCCAGAGACAGUGAUGGCAGUGGUUCUGGGACUACAUGUCCCUCUUUGCCCCCUCUCACAGCAGAUGAGUUGCGAGCAGCACACGAGGCAGGCGUUGGGGACCUCAUCAACCACCUGAACAACAACGCAGUGUCUGGUCUUCUGGAGUACGCUAGAGCCCGCGGCUUUGCUGCUGAGAUCCGACUUGUGGGUCAGUCCGGGCCGCAACAUGAGCCUAAGUUCACCUACCAGGCCAAGUUGGGCGGACGCUGGUUCCCUCCGGUGUGUGCGUCCAACAAGAAGCAGGGAAAACAGGAAGCAGCAGAUGCUGCUCUCCGGGUUCUGAUUGGAGAGGCUGAGAGGGCAGCCCGCACUGGGGAGCUUAUCCCAGCUGAGCUUCCAGUGAGUGGCAGCACUUUGCAUGACCAGAUAGCAAUGUUGAGUCACCAGCGCUUCAACGCCCUGACCACACGUAUCCAGCACAGUCUUCUGGGACGCAAGAUUCUGGCCACCAUCGUCAUGAGGAGGGGGGAGGGCCUGGGGACUGUUGUCAGCCUCGGAACUGGAAAUCGCUGUGUUAAAGGGGAGGAGCUGAGCCUUAAAGGCGACACUGUUAAUGAUUGCCACGCUGAAAUCAUCUCCAGAAGGGGAUUUGUUCGGUUUCUGUACAGCGAGCUGCUUAAGUACUAUGAUGGCACAGACGACAGUAUAUUUGAGCCAGCAGAGAAAAACAAACUGCAAAUCAAACCUGACAUCACCUUUCACCUCUACAUCAGUACGGCGCCUUGUGGGGACGGCGCCCUGUUUGACAAGUCAUGCAGCGAGGCGGGGGAUGAAGGCCAGGGCCAUCAGCCUCUGUUUGAAAAUGCUAAACAGGGCAAGCUCCGCACCAAAGUGGAGAACGGAGAGGGCACAAUCCCGGUGGAGUCGAGUGCUAUUGUACCCACCUGGGACGGCAUCCAGCAUGGUGAGAGGCUGCGAACCAUGAGUUGCAGUGAUAAGAUCCUGCGCUGGAACGUGUUGGGUCUGCAGGGGGCGCUGCUCAGCCAUUUCCUGCAUCCCAUCUACCUGAAGUCCAUCACGCUUGGCUAUCUGUACAGCCACGGGCACCUGACACGUGCUGUUUGCUGUCGGCUGGCCAGAGAUGGCGACGCUUUCUCCCAAAGUCUCCCUUCUCCUUUCAAGCUAAACCACCCGGAGGUGGGCCGGGUGAGUGUAUACGACUCCACGCGUCACACGGGCAAGACCAAGGAGUCCAGUGUAAACUGGAGCUUUCCAGAUCAGCACAGUGUGGAGGUGCUGGACGGGACCAAAGGAAAACUGGAUGGGAACAAAAUGAGCGUGUCCAGGGUGUCCAAGUCCAACCUGUUCGGUCUGUUCCACUCUCUGUGCCAGCGGUGCGGCCGCACAGACCUCCUCGCCCUGCCUUCCUACUCGCACGCCAAGAUGUCCGCCAUGUCCUUCCAGCUAGCAAAGCAGCACUUUUUCCGAGCUCUUGGCGUCCACGGUUACGGCGCUUGGAUCGGCAAGCCCCUGGAGGAGAAAAGUUUUGAGGCAGGCGAGGGAAUUGGGAACAAUGGGGCGAGUGUCCCCGUGGCUUACAGUAGCAGUAGGAACGGAGGAGUGGUGGAGUACAAACAAGAGGAGGCAUAGAAUAGUGGAGGGUGUAUUAAGUGUGUAAUAUAAAUAUGUGUGGGGAGGGGGGUGGGGGGGACACAAGACAAGGGCAGAUUGAAGGAGUGGAUGUGAAGGGGGCGAAAAAAAAGGACAAUCAAACAACGUGUAGCCAGCAGCCAGAACUGUAUCUUGUGAUGGAACAUGGUUAAAGGCUGCAGAGCAAGAGCGAUGGAAAAGGACAGAAUGAAUGAGAGAGGAAGAUGGCAAGGGCAAAGCCUGAAGGACGAGCGGGUCACAGAGCUAUGGAUGGAGAGAUCCACAGGGUGUACAGAAAAAUAUAAAAACACUACAUGAGAAAGGAGUCAGUUUGAAGUCACUGUGGCAAACACUGCUACAAAUCUGGGUUAUAUUAGUCUGUAAAACAGCUACUGUGUUUGUCAGCCGCCUUCAUACUGUUUCUAACUGUGGAUUGAUUUCAAAUGGUAAUCUCAGUUUUUCAUUUGUCAUUUGUUUUGGCAUAUUCUGCCAUCAUUUUUCCACAAGUCUGCUUGAUAUGUGAACUCAUUUUUGAGUUCUUUGACCAGUGCAAUUACGGUUUGGACCCAGUUGAUUUGUCUUCUUUAGACUACGGUUUGUUGUCUAAUUUUGCCACGAGAGCUUGAGUAGCUGAAGUGCUGCUAAUUGGCAUUCAACCUAAUAUGACCCCGCCAUUGUAACAGUGCUUGUAGUGGUGAUUACAUUCAUUUAGAGUCUUAAGUCCUCUGUCAUGAAGUGCUUAGCGUUGUUUUUCUGCUCCCUGUGUCCUACUGCAUAGGAAUACAAACAGCUGCUUCAAGGACGACGAGUGGACACAAUGUGACGCUCUCAGCAGUAAUCUCGGUUUUUGAAAAAUUGCACUCACCCUAGUUAGAUGUCAUGAGUAAACUUUGGAAAUUAGCUCAGCACACUCCCAGCUUACAUUGUACACAAGAGGCUUUCAUUGUACAUAAGAAUAUAAAUGCCAACUUCUAUUCUGAUCAGUGACUAACCAAACUUUCACUGUCCAACAUUUCAGGCUUCACCUCCUGUAAAUACUUUGAAGCUUACGAUCGGGCCCGAGUACAAAUUCAAAGUUACAGUACACCCUUAGCUGUCCAUGCAUCCACAUGUUGUUGCUAUGAUUGCCAUUAGCAUAGCAUUGGUCAGUGCACUUUCUUUGAUCACUCCCAUCAUUUCUCUGUGCUUUUAUAUAGAAGUCCUGACGUCUUGACCUCAAUACGAGUACAAUAUUUCUGUUCUUAUGCUGCGUUCUUGUGUUGUGUGUUUCUCCCUUCUGUUUUUUUUCUUCACUUCAGUGUUCACUUCAUAAGGCUUUUAGGUUCUCUUGCAUGGCCAGUUCUUGAGGACUGCUAAGUGAGGACAGUUUUGUUGUCUAAGGAGAGCAUGCAGUCUGUUCUUGAUUUGGUUACAUGUAGAUGGAUGGUGCAAUAUAUACAUCAGGUAUAUACAAAUACAUGGACACACAGAUGUACAGUGGGGUCCAAAAGCCUGAAUCCAGUUCCAGAAACUCUCAUUUAUCAAAAACUAGCACAAAUCUUAUCAAAAUAAAUGUGUUUUCUAAUUCUUUUAUAAAUUAAUGCAGCAAGUAUUAUUAUUAUUUUUUUCUUUUGUAAAACAUCAACAUUAUCAGAGCACUGAAUGUCGGAGAUGGACUGUCAUAUGUUACGGUUUGACUUUUUGUUUGAGGUCUGGUAACUACAAUAUCAGCACACCAUGAUAUUUCAAACAGUUUGGUGUAGCUUUGAUUCAUGUACAGAGCCAUUGUUGUGCUGGAAAAUGAAUCUUCUUUGAAACGGUUAGGUAGAAUAUGCCUUGCAGAUAGCGCUGUUACUGCAGCCCUUAAGUUCAAGUUUGAAUUGAGGAGUACUACUGUCGUUUGACCCUGAAUAAAGACCGACUUAAAAGACAA